AUGUAUGAUGUUCUUAAUGAUGUAGCUAAAGAAUUUACGGUUGAUUCAGAUAAAUUUUUGAUGUUACUUCGUGAAAAACGUCAUGCAGAUGGGUCAGUUCACAUCUAUCGUGAUAUUCAAGAAUAUGCUCUAGCCCACAAAAUGAAACAAGAUUUUAAUCUUAAUCAAUUUCUUAAACAACAAGGAAGGUACGAAAUCGAUGAUGAAGAUUGCUUGAUUUUGCAACAAACUUUUUCAACCAUAUCUAUUUAUGCAUUAGAUACUCAUCCAUUUCAACAUAAAUUAUGUUUUACUAAUGCAUCUGGUCGUUCACAAUUAUGGGAUUAUCAAGAAAAAGUUAUUAUAACAAGUCUUCAAUGUACACAUGAUAAAGCUGUUACACAAUUGCGUUAUAAUCAUAAUGGAAAUUUUAUUGCUAUUGGUUAUACCAAUGGACAAAUGACAUUAUGUGAUGCACUUUCAUUAGAAAGUAUUGUUAAUGUGCCAUUUCUUUAUGGUAAAACAGCUAAUCUUUUUAUUCAAUUUUCACCGAAAUCAAUUUAUUUAGCUAUAUCAGAAGAUAAUUAUACAGUAUCUGUUUAUCGACAAAAUUUAAGUAAUGAUGAUUUAUAUACAUUUGUUGGUCGUUAUCGUGCACAUUAUAAACUUAUUCGAGCUUUAUUUUUUUGA